AUGGUAACAGUAACAGAGGCAAGGGUAUCAGAUGCGGGUGGCAGAGCGCGCAUCGUAUGCUACUUCAGCAGCUGGGCGGUGUACCGGCCCGGCGUCGGCCGCUACGGCAUCGAGGAUAUCCCCGUCGACCUGUGCACGCACAUCAUCUACGCCUUCAUCGGCGUCACGGAGAAAACACACGAGGUUCUCGUUAUCGACCCUGAGGUAAGAUUAAAACUCCUAAGUAUUGUUUUAGACUUCCUCAACAAAUACGAGUUCGACGGGCUGGACUUGGACUGGGAGUACCCGGGCGCGGCGGACCGCGGCGGCUCGUUCUUGGACAAGGACCGCUUCCUGUACCUGGUGCAGGAGCUGCGGCGCGCCUUCCUCCGCGCCGGCAAGGGCUGGGAGCUCACCGCCGCCGUGCCGCUUGCCAACUUCAGGCUCAUGGAGGGCUACCACGUCCCCGACCUGUGCCAGGAGCUGGACGCGAUCCACGUGAUGUCCUACGACCUCCGCGGCAACUGGGCCGGCUUCGCCGACGUGCACUCCCCCUUGUACAGGCGUCCGCACGACCAAUGGGCGUAUGAAAAACUAAAUGUGAAUGAUGGGUUGAACCUCUGGGAAGAAAAAGGCUGCCCUUCCAACAAGCUGGUUGUCGGCAUUCCGUUCUACGGACGCUCGUUCACCCUGUCCGCCGGAAAUAACAACUACAACCUCGGCACCUACAUCAACAAGGAGGCCGGCGGCGGAGACCCUGCGCCCUACACCAAUGCCACUGGAUUCUGGGCCUAUUAUGAGAUUUGCACCAAAGUAGACGCCAAAGAUUCAGGCUGGACCAAAAAGUGGGAUGAAGCCGGCAAAUGCCCCUACGCUUACAGAGGCACCCAGUGGGUGGGAUACGAAGACCCUCGCAGUGUGGAGAUCAAGAUGAACUGGAUCAAAGAGAAAGGCUACCUCGGAGCCAUGACUUGGGCUAUUGACAUGGACGAUUUCAAGGGGCUUUGUGGUGACGAAAAUCCUUUGAUGAAGCUUUUGCAUAAACACAUGAGCUCUUAAACUGUGCUGCCUCCUCGUACUGGACAUACUACAC